UUACCUUCCAGGCUUCCGUAGGAGAACCACGAUUAGCUUUUGGCGCCUGUCUUGCGGAGCUGCAGACAAGAGAUAAAGGGGCGACUGACCGCGUGGUAAAGAGGAAUCACUGAGGCGAUUUCUGUUAUUUUUAGGGUACGUAUGUAAAUUCAUUUUAAACGUUCCAACACUGAGCAAACGUUUGAUUGAAGCAACCUAACGAUACCGUUGUUUUGCAAGAUGGCCCAAGUAGCAGAGCACAACAUGGGCAAGAAACAGAAUACCAAGGGGAAGAGGGAUUCACAGGAGUCACAGGAGGAACCUGAAGAAUUUGUUGUGGAAAAAGUUCUGGACCAGCGUAUUGUCAAUGGGAAAGUAGAAUUCUUCUUGAAGUGGAAAGGAUUUACAGAUGCCGAUAAUACCUGGGAGCCAGAGGAGAACUUGGAUUGUCCAGAGCUAAUUUCAGCGUUUUUGGAAUCACAGAAGAACAUUAAGGAGAAGCCUGCUCCCGUUAAGAGGAAGGCAUCAACAGAUGAGCCAGAGACGGAAGCAAAGAGAAAAGAUGUGGCAGAGAAACCUCGUGGCUUUGCUAGAAACCUCGACCCAGAACGGAUCAUUGGUGCAACAGACAGUAGUGGGGAGUUGAUGUUCUUGAUGAAAUGGAAAGACUCAGAUGAAGCAGAUUUGGUCCCAGCCCGUGAGGCGAACACCCGCUGCCCUCAGGUGGUCAUUUCCUUCUACGAGGAGAGACUGACAUGGCACUCCUGUCCAGAGGAUGAAGCCCAGUAGUACUUUCCUAUAGUCCCUGCAGUCCAUUGCACCACCUACGCCCUUUUCCUCAGGACUGAACUUUCUUCUCCGGCUUGCCUUUUAGUUUUAGUUAUCGUAGUUAUUUUUGAAGGUGUUUCAAGACUUGAGUUGUAUGGCAGUCAAGGAGAGCUUUGUUGUUGUACAUAUUAUCUGAACUGAUGGUGAGAAAACGGGUGAUGGUGUUGUGAUGUAUAAUGAAAAAAGUCUUCCAGUAUCAUUAUGAUUUAUGUGAUGGCAGUUUUUUAAACAAACCCCACCACUGCCUGUAUUCAUACCUGAUCAAAUUUUGUAAACUUUAAAUGGCCACUUUGGUUUGUUAAGCUGUCAACCACCUCUUGUAUUACCACCUCAGUCUCAUGUAAGAUGCUGAUUGUUUCUUUUUUUUCACACUAGUGCUGAUGUUUUGUUCUGUAAGUGGAUUUUGUAUACUUUGUCUGUAAAUAUUAUUUGAAGUUCUAAUAAAGGUUUUAUGUGACCAAA